AUGACUUCCGAACCACAAAACUACACUUCCCAGAAGAUGAUGCGGCCGCGAAAGGUCUUCCGGGUCAUUCGUUCGCUCGCACAGAGGUUCUUCUGCCCGCGCACGGGCGGCCCCUGCUGCUGCCGGACAGGAACUGGCCUCUACCCUGGCUCAGAAAUAUCAGACUCGAGGGAGCUCACUGAGGACAAAGACCUCAGUCCUGGGAAGAAUCGCUCCCGUAACCGACAGAGCCUGACCCGCCUGUCCCCAGACGCGCUUCUUAGUUUGUGUCCUUGUCCAGCCCAGGAGGAAAACAGCAUGUGGGGCUCUGGACUGCCUGUACGAGUGGUGAUUGAGGACCACAACCACAAUGGGGCCCUCACCUGUGAGCUGCUGGUCCUCCUUCACCACCCUCUGGUGUGGCAGACCCAAGCAACACUCCUGCUGCCCACUCUGCGCUGUCCCCGAGGCCCUAUGCCCCCUUGCCCGGGGAGCGCAGCAGGGACUGGGGGCCCUGGACCUGCGCACUGGCCCCACGCUGCCAUUCUGCAAGUGCCUGUUCCAGGCACCCUACCUGGAGCCCACCCUGGCCCACUCAGCUCCUGCUGUGGGCCAGUUGUCCCCCCGGAUCCCCUGCGCUGCAGCUCGGACACACCGGCUGUCCCCACAGCUCACCACGGCCUGGCUCUGCUUUACUGCCAGGGACCUUUACUGCCCCUGUACCCCACCCCGGCCACAGGCUCCUCUUCUCCUCUGCUGAACCUGCAUAUGCCCCUGUACCCCAUGGUGUGCCCCAUGGAACAUCCCCUUUCAGCUGACAUCGCCAUGGCAACCCCUACAGAUGAGGACAGAGACAGGCCACUCCACAUCCCAGUGGUGCAGGCCAAUCUGCCAGCUGUGCAUCCGCUAGUCAACCUCUUCCAGCAUGGGGACUGGGAACAAUACCUCAACCUACGGCAGAGACCACUCCAUCUAGCUGUGAUCACCACAUUGCCAUCUGUGGUCCGGCUCCUGGUAAUGCCUGGUGCCAGCCUCAUGACACUGGACGGCCAUGGCCAGAUGGCAGCCCACCUGGUGCGUGAGCACCACAGCCUGACCUGCCUGUGGGCCCUGCUGGACAGUGUGGCAGGCCUGGUGGACCUGGAGGCCCACAAUCACAACGGGCUCACUGCCCUGCACAUGGCCAUGAACAUGUAGUGCCGCGAAGCCAUGCUGUUUUGGCUGGAGUACCACACAGACAAUGCAGUGGACUUUAAGAGCGACCACUUGCCAUUCAUCCACGCAGUGGAAAACAACAGCCUUAGCAUGGUGCAGCUGCUGCAGCAUGGCGCCAACGAGAAUGCCUAGAAGUACUCGUUGAGCAGCGGGCUCCUCCCCCUGGUGCACACACUGGUCCACAGCAGCCUCAAGAACUGUCACAACCUGCUCAUGGUAGCGCGCAGUCGCGGGAUCAUUGACAUCCUGAAGGGGAAGGCUACGUGGCCUGCUCAGGCAUCACAGCCACAGCCCUCCCCCAAUCAGAGUGCCACCACCUCCUCGGAAAGCAGUGGCCGCCUCAGCUCCAAUGAUCUUCUUUCUGCAUCACCAUCCUCCUCACCCUCCCAGUCUCCUGGCAAAACCCCCAAGAUUCCCCAUGGCUUGCCCCGUUUCUUCCUUCCUCCCUCAUCUCCACCUGCCUUUCUGCCCUUUGCUGGGGUCCUCCGAGCCCCUGGCCCGCUGGUGCCUCCCUCCCCAUCCAGGAGGCAGCUGAGAGGGAUGGUGGGGAGCAGAUCUCCAAUUCUUGACGAGGGAGCUCCCAGCCCUGUGUGGUCAACCCUCCUGGAAACUGUGAAGACCUCACUCCACGCCCCCCACCACAAGCCACCAAUCUUCAGGAUGAGGAUUUGCACAGAGGCACAGGCAUCCCCCCCAUAA